UCUAUUACAUUUAUUGAGAAUGUCUAUCCUUUUCGUCAUCUUGUUUGCUGCUGUUGCAGCCCAAGAGAAUCCUAUUCUUCUUGCGUCCAAGGACUUCCUGAAUGAUGUUAUUGCUGAGGACAAACACCUCACAAUGCACUACGUCAUUCACAAUAUCGGAACUGAAGUUGCUAAUGAUGUCGUCGUUGACGAUACAGCAGGGUUUCCAGCAGGAGAGUUUGAGGUAGUCAGUGGAGCUUUGAGCGCCACAUUCGACUCUAUCCCAGCCGGGUCUAACGUGAGUCAUGCUGUGGUUCUGAAACCCCUGACCUCUGGUAUGCACAACUUCGUGCCUGCUGUUAUCAAGUACAAGAACCCUUCUGGUGACGAACUGGUUACCUUCUCAAGCUUCCUGGACAACAACCCCAUCCUCUCCACCACUGAGUACAACAGAAAACACAGUCCUCAUCUGGUUGACUGGCUGAUAUUUGUUGGUCUGUGCACCCCUGUCCUUCUCAUUCCCUUUCUCAUGUGGCAUUCUUCUCACUCGAAGUACGAGUCCUUGGCUGCUAAAGCUAAGAAGGCAUAAGUCUUCUCAUUCAAGUAGCUGCGUUGCGUCAACUUUGUGUAUUUCUGGACUGAUCGGUUUGGCUUUAGAACUUAGCGAUUCCUUGGCCCCGGUUUGGGGAAACUUUCUGAACCGGGGCCGAAGUUUUGAAGAAAGUUUGAUGUAAAAGUUUUCACACAAUUUUUUUUGAUGUAAACCAUUUUUAAUUGAGUUUCUUACUAUACAUAUUAAGCGUGCUUUGAGAGAUUGUUUUAAUGAUUUGCUCAUUUUGUGGGUUCUCACUUAUAUCCCUGGGGUUGUAGACCUUCGUAUGAAGUUAGGGUCGGAUUGUAAUGCAAAGUAUUUUUUAUUUAAACUUUUUGCCAUUA